AUGAUUUUUUUCAACUUGGAAAAACUUUCGAAGUUUCUUGGAUUCUCGCAAGCGAAGAAGAAGAAGAAGAAGAAGAAGAAAGUCAGCGAACGAGCUGCGGCGGCAUGA